AUGUUCCUGUUUAUAAGUGGAAAAUUCCUUUCCUUUCCUGUAAUUACAGAGAGUCCCACUAGAUGGACACUGUUACCACCUAGCAAGUUACUGUCCUUUUAAAUAACAGGAGAAAGAUACUAAGUAAAAAGGCAAAAAUAGAAAACACAAUGUCGCUUUCCAGUCCUUUCCAAUCUUUUCCCAAUGAAGUUGGCCACAGUGUAUCUCCUUUGCAACCAACAAGCAGCUUUAACAACUUUGACAGCUGAGACGUCCCACUGACAGGUCACUCAUUAAAACCUUCAAUUUAAACAAUCCGGUAGAAUCAAGAGUCUUUCCCUUAUCCCUCCAAAGGGUAGAUCCUGUUUACGCUUCCUGUUUACGCUUCCACCGCGGUAGCCAAUUCAGACAUUUUUAAACAGCUUAAAACUUUUCCGCUUUUUCACAAAUAGUCCAAUUACUCCAAAUAAUGCUCUUUUAUCCAAUUCUUCUACUCACGGUUAAAUUUUAAGUCCAAAUGUCCCAGGAAUAAGUCAGCGCUCUCCAGCAACGGCAACACGGCUUCACUCAGUGAAAGCAGCGAUCCGUUCACAGCACCGCGCUUCUCCCCCGCUCCCUUCUGAAGCCUCAAAAAAAGGCUUCUUUUCGGGUUGGGGGGGCGCUGCAAGGUGCCCGCCGAGCCUCCACGUUCGCAGGCGUCCGCGCCUGCGAUUUCUGAGGGUCCCCGCUUCGCCGGAGCGUACAGGACCCGAUCUCCCGCUGAGCUACCCCCUCCGAAACUCAAAGGAGGUCCGCCAUUGCUGCUGGCGCUGACCGGAAGUCGCAUGACUAAGCCGCUUCUGGCGAACCAGAGCAGCGCACGGAAACACCGUUUACCUUCCCGCCGGAGCGGUACCUAUUUAUCUACUUGCACUUUGACAUGCUUUCGAACUGCUAGGUUGGCAGGAGCAGGGACCGAGCAUCGGGAGCUCACCUCGUCGCGGGGAUUCAAACCGCCGACCUUCUGAUCGGCAAGUCCUAGGCUCAGUGGUUUAACCCACAGUGCCACCCGCGUCCUUUAGAGGUCAUUAUUAGGACUUACAAAUUCUGUAAAAUCUGAAUCAAUAAGUUUUGAGUUGGGAAUACUUACUUUAUCUGUAAGGGUAUUGUUGAGAACCUUGAAAUAUUGGAUAUUCCUGCAUUAUAGAGCCCUAUCUCUUAAUUCUCUCCUUUACGACCUCUUAAGUGAUAAUGUAAUUUACAAUUUAUCACUGAUUUGUAGGAGAAAAUUGAACUUGAUAGGACUUAAUCUAACUGACUUUGAAAAUUCUGACCCCAAAGAUAUUUGGGAAAUUAUCAGGAAGAAUCUUAUAGAAAAAAGUGUUCUCUCCACUCUUGAAGUUGCAAAGCACAGCACUUGCUCUCCUCUCUAAUUAAAUCUCCCUUUGUUUAGAGAUUUUCAAAAGGGUUACAUGACAAAUCUGAAGAAUCAUGAAUUGUGCAGGCUGUUUAUGUUAGCCAGAUUUAAUGUUUCCCUCGAUGAUAGUAAGAGGAAGAUAUUUAGCUCUCCCAGAAUCAGAGCAUCUCUGCAAAUGUAGUAAACAGGAACCUGAUACUUUGGAGCAUAUUUUAUUUUCUUGUGAUUUUAGCAUUUAUGCCAGAAGACAAUUAUUAGAGGCCUUAGAACUCAAUUGGCUGAUUUCUAUGCUACCAACGGUUCAGGACCUACUUUUGGACAGGAAUGAUCAAAUUAUUUUAAUAGUGGCUGAAUUUUUGAGUGCUGUCCAUGUAGAAAGACUGAUCCAUUAUAUAUUGUAUUAUUUAUGCAAAUUGAUUUUCUCUGGAGUUAAAGAUCUGACUGGGCCAAACCUUGUUAUGUUGAGCUCGUAUUUUGCACAAUUUGUAUACGGUGUCUGUUUGAUAAUGUGUGGUUUGCUAUGCCUAAUAAAGGAUAACUAUCGACGAGUAUGCUUUGGAAGUGCCUACUUUUUUAAAAAAAUGUGAAGCUCAUUAAAUGAAAAAAGGGAAUCAAACCCUAACACAGAAGGAAGUCUUGUCCAAGCCCUAACUUUUUUCCCUUCCACUAAGCGUAAGACAACAACCUGGAUUCAAAGCAAGUUCACAGGGGGACAUGAACAUCAAUUUCUAUUUUUGGAGAUCCACCUAAAUUCAAGACUACUCUCAGCUUUUCCUUUUCCCUUUCUGGUCUCCAAAACGUGUCCAAGUGAUGGGAAGUUCUGCUUCUGCACAUGAGUCUGGGAAUGUUCAGUUCACAUUGAGUUCAUCAUACCUUGACCUGUUCUUAACGCAUUGUUGACCACAUCUACGGAAUGCGAUUGUUAUGCUCUUUCAAGUCAUGCAAUAUCAAUCACUAGUGAUUGUUUAUUAAGUCAUGCAAUAUCAAUCACUAGUGAUUGUUUAUUAUCAAUCACUGGUAAUAGUUUAACAAGGAGGAUUUCAUGCCUGUCUAACCAUGUGUUCCCUUUCCCAACCUUUAAUCUAUUGAUGAUUAAUGCCUAUAUUCAACCUUUGCAUUGUAUUUGUGUUAACCAAUCAGCAACAAGCACAUAUGUGGCAAUGCUGUAAUAUUCAAUAAAAGGGACUCUCCGAGACAUGCUCGGUAGAUGCCUCCCACACGACACUUGUCACUCGUCUGUCGUUUAUUUCAACCCAACAUCUGGUGACCCCGACGUGAUCCUGACGUGCCAGAUCCCUUUACGCAGCAACCCCUAUACUUCACUCGACUGGAAAAGUCUCAGCGCGCUACUUCGUGAGUAUGGGGGGGGGGACUUACAAAGUUCCAACAGGAGCAUGCCAAGGAGCUGCUGCACCUCGUCAGACAGCGGGUGGCAGGUGCUCAUAUUUCUUUGAGAGAAAUUGAACAAUUGUUAUGUGAGAUUGCUUGCCAGUGCCCCUGGUACCCAGAGUCCGGCUCUCUGGGAUCAGAAGCUUGGCAAAACAUCGGAAAAACCCUCUUCACAGAACCGAGGGCACCGAUUCAUUGUCUGCUCACUUGGCAGAAGUGUGCAGAUGCCGUCGCUAGGUUAGGACCACAGGCAUCUCCGUUGGCACCUGCUCUUUUAGCCGAAGCAGACAAUCCCCCACCUUACCCAAAGCUUCUGCCUUCAUCGCAACCUUGCCCACCCCUCCCUACGCCUCAGCCCACAUCCACCCCCCAUCCCUCCUUCGCCUGCCUCAGCCCCUGCGUGCUCUCCCGCAGGAGCUGUGCGCGCCGCGCUUUCUCAAGCUAGGCAGCAAGGGGUCCUCUCCUUAGAGGAAGAGGCUGGAUGGGCUGGGGAAAUGCCAUCUGCUUUCCCUAUCUCCUAUGCGAACCCCGGCACUGCACAACAGCAGGUUAUGUAUGAGGCGCUUUCUUAUUCUGUUCUGAGAGAAUUAAGGAAAGCCAUUACUGAUUCUGGACUCAAAUCUUCUUAUGUGCUAGGGAUGCUGGAGGGGAUCGCAAAUGGUUACAACAAUGCUACCUCAAGAUUGGAAGGAUUUGAUGCGCAUGCUUUUAUCUCCUGCUCAGUAUGUGGUUUUUGAAAGUGAAUUUAAGCAUAGCGCAGCAGCCCUGGCUGAUCCACAGCAUUCAGCCAUCCAACUCUUUGGCGCUGGUCUGUAUGAUAAUAUACCAGCCCAGGCGCAAUUGACACCUUUACAUUUCAGUCGCACCGUGACCUGUGUACAACGCGCCUUUCGGAAAGUCCCUGUCUCAGGGCAACCACUAAGCUCCUUUGUUAAUAUUAAGCAACAACAUUCGGAGCCUUACCAUCAAUUUAUAGACAGAUUGAAAGAAUCAAUCACCAGGCAGAUUGAUGACCCUACAGCUCAAAAUGAAUUGAUGAAAAAAUUGGCCUUUGAAAAUGCAAACACCGAUUGCAAGAAGGCUUUGCAGUCAAUCAUACACCGCCCCAAAUAUGACCUGGCCAAUAUGAUUCAAACCUGUGCAGAUGUUGGCAGCCAGAACCACGCGAUGUCUUUGCUUGCCGGUGCCAUCCAGGCUGGCAAUAAGCCCACGGGCAAUUGCUUCAAUUGCAAACAAUGCAGAGCCCCUGGCGGGGGAGAAAGCAGGAAUGGUGAUGCUGAUAGGGCUAAACCUUCCAAAAAAUGCCCAAAAUGUGGAAAAGGCUAUCAUUGGGCAAAUCAGUGCAGGAGUUCGGGAAACUCCAUAGGGGCCCAGCUCUCAGGCCAGGACAAAUAGAGAGCCCUCCGCCGUUAGUCUCCACUAUUGAGACUUUUUCUAAGGAUACACCCUCUGAUUUCACCAUUGAUUUAAUCAAUCAGGAAACCAAAGAUGCUGUUUUACCUGGUGAAAUUGUGCUCAUGCCCACCCAAUUGGCGGGCCCACUACCACCUAAGGUCGCAGGUUUAAUUUUACCCAAAUUCUCUGCGGCCAAAGAAGGAAUCCUGGUUAUUCCAGGAGUCCUAGAUCCUGACUAUGUGGGCACAAUCAUGGUUCAACUCUGGAGCCAUAUGCCCAUGCAGUUAAAAAAGGGUGAGUCUUGGGCGCAUUUGGUAGUGCUCCCUUCUCAUCCUACUGUUUCUAUUAUGGAUAGUAGUUUGCACCAGCUCUCUCCCCUUUCUCCACAGCUGUUAGCUGUAAUCCAGAGGAUUGGUGAACAGAAACUUCUUCGUAAGUAUAAAAUCAAUGGCAAAGUUCUGGAAGGCUUGAUUGACACGGGCGCAGACAUUUCUGUCAUAUCCAGCAAUUGCUGGGACCCCACGUGGCCCCUUGAGUCUGCCUCUGCAGUUUGGGGUGUGGGUGGACCUCAAACCUCUUCCAAAAGCGUACAGUGGUUGCCUGUUUCUCUGCCUGAUAGCUCUGAAACCAUUGCAUACAUCCAGCCCUGUGUGCUGAAAAUCCACCUCAAUCUGUGGGGCAGAGACCUACUACAACAAUUACAAGCUACCAUUCAAUUUAAUGAGUAAGCUUGCACUCCCCCUCCACUGGAAAUCAACCACCCGGGUAUGGGUAGAACAAUGGCCCAUAACGAGGGAAAAGCUACCUGCUUUAAAACAAUUGGUGAAUGAACAAUUAUUGGCAGACCAUAUUGAGUCCUCUGUUAGCCCCUAUAACACCCCCAUCUUCGUCAUAAAAAAGAGAAGUGGGAAAUGGAGAUUUCUCCAGGAUUUAAGGAAGAUUAAUGACAUCCUUGAACCCAUGGGGCCUUUGCAGUGUGGUCUGCCUAAUCCGAAUGUGAUCCACCAUUCUUAUCAAUUGGCUAUAAUAGAUUUGCAAGAUUGCUUCUUCUCCAUCCCCUUACAGGAGAAGGAUCGUAAAUUCUUUGCUUUCACUGUUCCUGUGUUAAAUAACAGCCAGCCCACGGAAUGGUAUCAAUGGAAAGUCCUACCGCAAGGAAUGCUGAAUUCCCCUACCAUGUGCCAAUAUUAUGUGAAUCAAGCCCUCCAGCCUUUCCGUCUUCAGUAUCCACACCUUUUAGUUUUUCAUUACAUGGAUGAUA